UCUACAUCAAAAUAACUACGCGUAAUUAAACGGCGCUUGCAGCGUGAAAGUGCGGUUCCGGAAUGCAGUGCCUUUUCUCUGCUUUUGAUAUGAAUUUAAGCAGAUUUUCAAGAAGCAUUCUCCCAAUAGGGAAAUGGAGCUCGGAAAAGGCUCGCUUUCUUUCGACGUCAGCUGUGAAUCAGCAGAAAGUGAAGACGGCUGUCUUGAUGCUGAACAUGGGCGGUCCCCAGAAUACCCAGCAGGUUCACGACUACUUGCUGGGCAUCAUGACGGACAGGGACAUGAUUCAGUUGCCGGUGCAGAGCAAAUUGGGGCCCUGGAUCGCUCAGCGCCGCACGGAGGAAGUGCAGAAGAAGUACCAGGAAAUCGGCGGAGGAUCGCCAAUCCUCAAGUGGACCAACCGCCAAGGCGAGCUGAUGUGCAGCCAACUGGACAAAGUGUCCCCCGAGACUGCGCCCCAUCGGCACUACGUCGCCUUCCGGUACGUGACGCCGACGACGGCUGAAGCUGUGGCCCAAAUCGAGGCUGAUCGUCCUGAGAGAGUCGUGGUCUUCUCGCAAUACCCUCAGUACAGCUGCGCCACGUCGGGCUCUAGCUUCAACGCCCUCUUCGACCACUUCCGGAAGAGAACUGCGCCCGCCGGCAUCUCCUGGAGCGUCAUCGAUCGCUGGCCAACUCAUCCGCUCCUGGCGAAAACCUUCGCCGAGCGAAUCCGCGAGGAGCUAGCCAAGUUCCCGCCAGAGAGACAACGGGACGUGAUCCUGAUGUUCUCAGCUCAUUCCCUGCCCCUAAAGGCGGUCAACCGUGGGGACUCCUAUCCCUCCGAAGUGGGAGCAACUGUCCAGGCAGUCAUGCAGGAGCUCAACCACUGCAAUCCUCAUGUGCUCGUGUGGCAGUCAAAAGUAGGCCCCCUGCCCUGGCUGGAGCCCUUCACCGACGCCGCCCUGAAGGCUUACUCGCGCCAGGGCAAGAAGAACUUCAUUCUCAUUCCCAUCGCCUUCGUGAAUGAGCACAUCGAGACUCUUCACGAGCUCGACAUCGAAUAUUGCCAUGAGCUGGCGCAGGAGCUGAAGAUUGAACGCGUCGGCCGAGCGGCAGCGCCCAAUGAUCAUCCGAUCUUUAUCGAUGCCCUCACGGACAUCGUGGCGCAGCAUCUGAAGAAAGGCCCCAAGAUCACCCCCAAAUUCCUCUCCCGCUGCCCGCACUGCGUCAACUCCAGGUGCUCCGAGAGCAAGAACUGGUACAAGACGCUCUGUGCAUAAUCCCGCUCGCAAUUAUAUUAUGUAUUUAUGUGAUAAAGCAUAUCUAUGGUUUUGGUAGUACAAUUUUGGAUCGUUUUAUUUUUUGGGUUUCAAAUCUAGUGCGAUAUUUGUCCGCUUGGGGCGGUGCUGUCAAGAUUUUGGAGGCAAAAUUCAAGAUGAAUGCUGGCGAGCUUAUAGGAGUUGAGAUUUUAGCUAAUAUAAACUUGGGAACAGCAUCAAGCAUGU